GCCGUGAGCGGGACAACGCACAUGGCCCGUCUCCUGUCGCCACCCGGCUGGGCGCUCUCCGCGUGCCUGGUGGCGGCGACGACCCUGGUAGCUCCUUCGCUGCAGUCGCAGAUCAUCAUCAUCCGGCGUACAGAGGAGGCGGCCGACGAGGGCUGGAUCAACGGCGUCCACCAAGGACGGCAUCUGCCACCGCCGCCACUGCCUAGGCCACCGCCGUCGUGGACGCCAGCCGGCUGGAACAACCACGGCUUUGUGGCGGCGCGCCGGGUGCACCAGCCCUGGCACGUGCCGGGACCCGUGUUGGUGGGCUCUGGUGGGGGCAUCCCCGGAGGAGGAGGAGGAGGUUGGAAGCCGCUGUGGAUCCCGCUGGACGGCAGGCACGGCUGGAGGCCUCAGUGGCCUCCGAAGGUGCCGUCAUCUACACCGACUCCAUCUUCACCGACGACCCCACCGCCACCACCUCCCCCGCCACCGCCGCCACCAGAAGAACCAAAGCCCACGGCAGAGUCCAACCAACAGGAACCGCCGGCCAAGCAAGUCGUUUCCACUGAGAGCCCCAAUACUUCUCCUGGUGGUUCCGGAAAAGUCAAGGAACCAUAGUCAGCAAUCGUUCCCGGAGAAAGCGGGUCAUGUCGGUGCUGCGAGGCGGCUGAGCACCAUAUUAGAUCGCCUUAGUCUAAUAUUCUUCCCGAAGAUUGCGCUGACGUUCCGAUAACUGCGCGCAGGAUGUUGUACUUUCCUCCUACAUAUGUCCAAGACGAAGUUUGCAGUGACACUUCUUCCGUGUCUCUUUCGCAUGAGCAGCUCUAUCGAGAGUCCCCGACCUAGCAGAGAGGUAUGGCAGAUCGAGAGUCUAUUGAUCAGUUUGGUCUUCGGUACUUACUCUAGGUGUACGCAUGCGAAUGUUUCUCAGACGUGAUUCCGCGCGUGCGCAGUGAAUUUUAGCUGGUUGUGUGCGAUGGGUUUUCUGUAUUCCCGGUACGCUGCGACUCUCUGCUGUUUAGGCGGACCCGAUCCGUGAGUUCACCGUGUACCAACAAUCAUGGUCACAUGCUAACACUGCACCAUUUCUUCUAUAGCCCGACUAGUCAGUCCUCAACUGUCACUUCUACUCGACGCACAUAUAUUUCUUCCAGAGAAAGCUGCACGCAAAUCUCUUACGCGCGAGCUCUCCUUUGGUUGCGUGGGGCGCAAGAGCUCGCAUUUACAACUCUUGCCGCUUUAGGACCACAGCUUGCUUAUGCCGUUCUUGCCGUACUGCAGAAAAAAAGAAAGCAACGGAUGUGUAGACAAUUAUGCUUUUAUGAGCUUGCUCCUAAAACGUAGGCCAGAAAAUUGCAAUAGCUGACUUGUGUUAUCCUUACGACCUUCGGUGCAUGCUAGUCGUUGUGAAGUCCUUAAAUAUUUUUGCUUAAUCUCUGUUCGUGCAUUGCAGACGCCGUCCAUAUUGGGAUGAGCUCAAGAGCGGAAAAUGUCCCAAUUGGGUUUUAAUUAUCUGCGUAAUGUUUCGUAUCCUUGCAAGUUGAUUGCACAGGUCCAAGAGGAUAGGAGAAGAAAAACGUUUACGUCCCGCCCAAGCACCGCUUAGUCUGGUGCGACGAAAUAUCGCUUACGAGACAUGCCAGAUCGGUGCUCCAAAUUUUCGCCAGUAGUGUUUACUUGUUAGCUGACUUUACUAUCAUCGCUGUGCGUUAGAAGGUAGUUUUUUCUCAGACCUAGUUCUAGAUUUCUUAUUCAAAUAUUUGUUGAAUGCAGCAAUGCUUUCUAUAGGCAACCGUAAAUAUGAAACUGGAAAUUAAAUUUGCAGUAUUUAAAAGAAAAAGUAAAAUUCCAGUGGCUGAGGGAAGCAAUGUUUCGUGGUUUUCAUCUGUAGGUUUCAGCGAAAAUCGGAAAAAAAGUUUUAGAUCCCCCCCCCCUUUUUUUUUAAAUAACAACCUUACACCUCUGCAAGUCCGCCACAAGAACACUUAUAAAAACACUGUCCAAAUACGUCUAAAGCAGACAAAUAAUACAUUUUUAUUUGGCACCAGUUCUAGAGCUUACCUCUAUUAUGAAAAGAAAAAAAGAAGCGAGUACUUUUGCAGAUCUCACGUAGCCGGAGUAUCUAUUUGGUGCAAACAAAGAUUUAACAUGUUCAAUUUGUUCACUUUCGUCGGGCACUCCUAGAAGCUACGAGUUCAGCUGUAUGACCAGCCGCACGCCUUAUGGUAAUAUACAACAUUUCACGACCUACUUGAUGGACAAACGCCAACCUCCCCACGGAGAGAGAGAUAACAUUCAUUGUUAAUGGGGUGGGGCGACUUCCUCGUAUAGGGUGGAGCCCUUAUUUCAGGGCCCCAUUAGAUCGCAGUCAUUGGCUGCAGUCUCCCCACGGAAUUCCCACAGAGCUCCCGUGAAGUUCCUAGCUAAAGAGCUGCUCCAAAACUGUAUCACUUUAUUAAACGUUUCUUGUUUCUAAAACAAAUGUUACGUGUGGAGAAACACCGACAAAGAAACUUUCUUGAAGUGUAUAUUUACAAGAACAAGACCAUUUUCAGUGUAUUUAAUAGAAUAGACCCGCAAGAGACCAAUGUAGAAAGCAAAUCACACCAAGAGCCCAGAGGCACCUCGUAGUACUCAUUUCGCGGCCAGUCUCUUUAGCUUCUGUUGUAUUGUAACAAUAACAAUUCUAAAAUAUUACCUGACAGUGAGCAACGUACAUAUGUGGCAGAAAGUUAGAUGAACCAGUUACACUCGCUGAUUAACGUUAUCCAUGUAGUCAACCGCCAUUGAGUAUUUCUUGAAAAGCACUCCUUGUUGACAUAUUUUCAGGUACCUUUGAUGUUGAUAAUGCAAAUAUACUCGCCUACGUUGUUUCAUCUGAAGAGCACCCAUGUGUCGUUGCAUUUCCCCUGUGCAUGUUUGGAUACUGGAUGUAUGUGGCGUUAGUUCCUGGGAAGCUGGCACACAACAUAGAUCACUGACUUGUUGACGUCAACUCUCUUAAGGACUUGCUUGCCUGAGUUCUUUCGGGGCCGACAUUUAGGCAAUCUGGCAACGAUUCAUCUAUAAAUUAAGCCGCAUACACCAGAGGGACAGAAUAAAAAAGACGACACGAAACACCGCUGCGUUCACCACUAAAGUUUAUUUUAAAGUGAACAUUCAUAUUAAAUAACUUCAAGCGAACAAACCACCUGACAAGAGAAGAUCUAGUUAUUAUGCGAAGCCAAGCACUAGAAGCAAUCGAAAAUGUAAUCAAAACGCACCCGACAGCGCUUCCCACUCCAGCAUACAUUAGCACUUUUCGUUGUUGCGGCAUAACGAAUGGUUGGCGAAUGCACACAUCGCUCGUUAUUGUUAUUUGUAACCUUUCUAUUAUUUAUAUAUCUGCUGUUUUGGUCACCAUGUUUCUUUAAAGUAGUCUUUUCAUCUAUUAACGGCUUGUACUCGCAAUAUGCUCUGCAACAUGUGAGUGAAAGGUGCUCUUUCACGAACACUUGUGCUGAAGCCAUUUUCUCACUUUAUAGUCUAAUCGAGAUAAUUCCGGGCAUUUAGGAUAAUGCACAAAACACUAUAUUUGUACGCGAUUUUCUGCUGCUGUGAGUUAUUCGUCGUUGUCAUCUAAAUAUUAAAGAGAAAAUGUGACAUCCACCCGUUUUGUAGCCCGAAACAACAAAGGGAACCUAUACGGGUUUCUCAUGAAAGAAAGCUUCGGAGCUGAAGAAAUCUUGUCUCCCCCCGGACCAGGACAAUUUUUUCUUCAACUGCGAAGCUUCCUUUCAAAGAAACCCAUAUAGGUUUCUUUCUUUCUUCGGGCUACAAAACGGGUGGAUGUCAAAUUUUCUGUUUCAUUAAGUUCCUCCGCUUUACGAGCUUCCGUAGCGCUGAAUUGUCACGUAAAUAGGCUUACAUUGGGCCAAACAGGUCGAUGCAUUAACAUCAGAUUGCUUGAGCAGAAGAGCUCGUUAAAGAACAACGCGCUCACUCACAUUCGGCACAGCGCUAUGUAAAUUGCAAUGGUAAACCCUUAUUCAAUAAAAACAACUAGUAAAUUAUCAAAGAAUAUCGACGAACUCACCAGAUAAAUAAUCGAAAAGUUCCAAAUAAAAACUAAGAAGAGACGCUUGCAUAAUUCAGCCAUUCGUCAACCUGCAACAACGCGAAGUGUCAUUUCUGCUAGCUGAAUUAAGAACGCAGAGAGAAAUAGAAAGUACAUUAUUUACAGAGAGGCCAGGCCUGAGCUAUAGCUUGCUCUGGCCUGCUACUCUGCACUGGGGAAAAGGAACACGGGGAAGAAAAUGUGUGAUUAGGGAUGAUGAUAAGAGAAGAAGGUGUGCGUAUACAGGUCCACUAUGUUGCGGCAUCUAUAAAGCCAUGUGUCUAGUUCAGUGGCUUGUAGAAAGGCUAUAGCUGAUCUCGGAAUCAUGGCUGCUCUGUUUGCGUCAGGCCAGCCACGGACCCAAAACAACGUCAUCAGACGGUAAAUCGAGUAUAAAACUUACCCAAUUAGAUUUUAAAUUGAUCUUAGUGCAUGGAUUUGCAUAACUAUAUCAUCUUUUGCCACGUACGUGUUUUCUUGAGAGUAUAAUAUUAUGUGAAUAAACAGUUUCAAAUAAAGUUCAGUUGUGCUUGCAUUAUGUGGGUCGCCGUUCUUUCUUCUUUCUUCUUUUUUUUUUUUUGUCUUUUGUUCGCUGUUGAAGUAAAAGAUGGCUUGACCCUUGCGCUGGACCUUGCGUGUCUUUGCUGUUGUUAUAUUACUCUCCCAUUACGUUUUGAUUUCUGAUAUUUUGUUUAUGCCGCACAA